GGCACAGCUCAGCGGGCUAACCGCGAAACUGACGGAUUUUUCCUGUAGACUAGCUAUUAUGAAACCUUGGCUCUAUGAUUAUGCGAAGUAUUAAUCGAAUCCAUACAAAUACCAUCACAUUCCCUGACACACACAGCGGGAAAUGGUCUGAUAUUUUAGGCCGCAUUGCUUUGCUGCCCAAGUUAUUCCUGUUGCAUUUGAAAUCAAACCACUCUCAUCCCUGCAGUAGGUAUAUCAGCAAAGCAUGGCUGACAGCGCCCCGAGGAUCGCGGCAAAAGAGCUCCAUGAAGCAGUGGAUGCAGUAGAUCAAAAAGCCCAGAUUCUGGCCGACCAUAUUAGAAAUAGCAAACAUUUCAUCGCUUUUACCGGUGCGGGUAUUUCUACCUCUGCUGGCAUUCCAGACUUUCGUGGCCCAGAGGGUGCGUGGACGCUGAGAGCCCAAGGCCGACAGCGCAAUGGCCCGACCACGAGCACACUGCAAGCCAUUCCCACGCCUGCCCACAUGGCGCUUGUAGAAUUGCAGAACAGAGGAAUUCUGAAGUACUUGGUCAGCCAGAACUGCGAUGGGCUACACAGGAAAAGCGGCAUCUUACCAGAGAGGAUAUCCGAGCUCCAUGGCAACAGUAAUCGCGAGUAUUGUGAGGACUGUGGGAAAGACUAUAUUCGUGACUUUCGGGCCGUCGCUACGUAUGAGAAAUCAAUUCAUGAUCAUCGUACGGGCCGCAAAUGUGGGCGCUGUGGUGGGUCUCUGCACGACACCAUCAUAAAUUUCGGCGAGGCCUUACCGGCGGAGGCUUUCCAGCGUGCCUCGGACAACGCCUACAAAGCCGACGUAUGCCUGGUGCUCGGGUCAUCGCUCACGGUGACCCCCGCCAACGAGAUCCCAGAAACCGUGGGUCGACGACGAGGUUCGAAGCUGGCUAUCUGCAAUCUACAAGAGACGCCGUUGGAUCGUCUUUCAGAUCUGCGCGUACAUACCAGCGCAGACGAGCUGAUGACCCGCGCGAUGGGUAAACUUGGCAUACCCAUUCCGGCAUUCAUCUUGCGGCGCCGUCUGCUCGUCGAACUAGAGCCCAACGUCGGCGACCGUGCACAAAUGAUGGUAUGCGGCGUCGACGUUGACGACACUCCGGUCACGUUUCUCCACUCUGUGAAGCUCGAAGGUACUCGGCGCGCGGCCGUCGAGGAGCCCUUCAUCAUCAACUUCCGCGGUGCUUUGGAAACUGGCUUGCAAUUGAAGUUGGUACUCAAGUUCAUGGGACACUACGGCGAACCAGACCUGACGAUCGUCCAUGCGUAUAACAAACUAUCUGAUGCACAGGUUUGGUACGACCUUGCAUAUGAUCCUAGAAACCGACAGUGGGAGGUUCAUGCGGAAGGCAAAACGUCAGAUAGUGUGGACGAAUAAAAAUGCAAGCCGGCACGCUUUUGAUGUACUGCUAGCCAGAGCUUGCCACUGCGUUUUAGUGAAACCAGAUCCCUUGAGAUGCUGACCAUCUUGCGAAAAGUCUGUAUUAUAUUUCACAUAUUUCUUACUCUGCAACAGAUCG